GGUGAAUUAGGUACAGUUCAUUCAUUAGGUACCUACCCCUGCUGCUCUGAUACCUAACGGCCAGGCAGCUCAAUUACAUGGUAGUACAAUACAUCCUUCAUAACUCAUAAUUUGCACUAAAUUAUUCUAACGUUGUUAUCCACCUUCUAUUCGCACUAGGUAUUCGCAUCGUGCAUACCUAAUCUCUAGUGUUACUAGCUAGCCUCUUAUCGCAAACAAACGCGGCCGCCAAUGCCAAUGCCUAUGCGCGCGAGAAAACAUCCCAUCACUGGAAAUAAUUUGGAGAUUGCAUAUUGAUUGUUGGCUUGUCUCAGCUCAUCAGCCUUUUUUUCUUCUUUUCCUUUCGUUGUCUUCUCCUUCACCACUACGAUUUGUUUAACCCUCCUUUAUUAUUCAACCAUCCUACUUCAUACGCCAAUUAAAGUCACAUUACCAUCGGCGUUUAAUUCCUCUUACCUGAAAAUACUCAAAUCCUGAAUAUUGGCAAUCGUGGGAAGUUGCGCCUAAAGCUCAAUCGUUGUCCGUUCUCGCUCCAGCGCGGGUUCGCCCCUGUUUACGCCGCCCAACUUUUUUAAUUCUUGAUCUUGACAUUUGAAUGUUAAGUGCGAUUCAAGAUGGUGUUGUUAUCGGAUUCGUCUUCAAUUAGCUCGUUAUCGUCCGACUCACCUGAAGCCGACAAUGAUUUCGAUGAUACCGGUGUGGUUGACGAACCAGCGCCUCCUCCAUUUAAGCGACAGAAACUAGGCGACGGAUCGAGGGCCUCUUCUUCUGUUCAUGUAGAGCCCGAGCCCGAACAAGAAUCAGAUCACGAUCUCGACGGCGACAUUUCGUCAGACACUUCGGGCGACAUACCCAAUUCCCCAAUUAAUGCUAAGCUUGAUGAGGACGAAUUCCAGGAACAAGUAACAGUAUGUGCCUGGGACGGAUGCAGAGUAGGCGACCUGGGAAAUAUGGACAAACUAGUCGAGCACAUACACAAUGACCACAUAGAGAGCCGUCAGAAGAAGUAUACUUGCGAAUGGAUCGGUUGUCCUAGGAAAAGCUUGCCCCAUGCUAGCGGUUAUGCAUUAAAGGCCCAUAUGAGAAGCCAUACGAGGGAGAAGCCGUUCUAUUGUUAUUUGCCUGAAUGUGACCGUGCGUUUACAAGAUCCGAUGCAUUGGCGAAACAUAUGCGGACAGUCCACGAGACUGAAGCUUUGCGACCAUCCGAUCCCGUACCCAAGUCUAUGCAGACCCAGUCUGGUCCUAAGUCUGGAAAGCUCAAAAUCAUCAUCAAGACGCCGCAGUCCCACUCGGCGGGCCACGACGAUGCUGUGGACGAUGGCGAUACCGGGUCCGAUAUGACGGACUUCUUGACACCGUUGACGGAGCAACAGGGGUUCUCUAGCAAGGAGCUUACCAUGGAUACGAAGUCUCUUUACAAAGUAUGCGUAGCAAAUCUUAGGUGGGUAACGAAAGAUAGCGAGGCUCUGAAGCGACAAUGCAAAGAAAUGGAGGAGAUAUACAGGCAAGAGUGGCUAGAGAAAGAGGCUCUGUUGGACCAAGUCAUACAGAUCGAGGAAGACUGGUGGCAAAGACGUGAAUUGGUUCUUGAGGCAGAGGCACAGGCUCGGAUAGCUAAGAAAGGAGAGGAGAGCGCGGCGUUGGAAGAUGCUCAGGAUAACGCCAACGGUUCGCAGGUAACCGCGGCUAGUUUGGGUCAGUUUACGGAUUAAGGGUUUCUAGAAGAUGCCCCUUUUUAAACAAUUAAGCAGGUAAUGCCACACAGCCUCCACGUCUAUCCAUGGAUUAGGUAUAGGGGUAGGUAUAGGGGAAUAUGGAACUCAGGAAUAGUAGUGCAGGGGAGCACAAGGUCUUAGGAAUUGCUCUUAGGAAUUGCCACGGGUGCGUCCUCGAGCCCCCAUGGGGAUAUAAUAAUACAUCUGAUAGCGAUGGCGUUAUCAGUUUAGCGAAGUAUACUGAAUUUCAGCUUCAUUCUAUCAAUGCCCAUACAUUAGGUACCUGGCACAAACCUGCCAAGGUUAGGUACAUACUUGGGUGCUAUACUACCUACCUAGGUUAUUCUGAGUUAACUCCAUGGGCAACAGUUGAGGUGAUAAUCCGAGACAAACUAUGAAGUUCUUUUCGUAACUUGUAUUUAUUUGUACCUAAUCGUAAGACUAAAAGUCUUGUGUUGUUUGCUAUAAAUAUUCGAAUAUGUGCUUAAUACCCUUAUGGCAC